ACAUAUUACAACAAUAUUCUUUUUCCAUACAAAGAUGUAGUUUUUAUCACGACUGAAGCUCCUGCUAAGUAGUUAGCUUUUAUCCACUCCGUGUGUAAACAAUGAGACGACUGAAGGUUCCGGUUUGACACACGACGGAAACAAACAAACCGGAGCACGAACUGAAAGAAGUGGGUUUGCUGCACUGAGGUCCCCGUCUCUUAUGGAUUCACUCAACACUUUUGAAUCUGAGAUGGAGGCUGAUGGACAGGGCAACUACUCUCUGUUUCCUGCUCUGGACAGCAUUGCAAGUCUGUCUGGGACCACAGAGACUCUGGAGAGCGAACCACCAAGUGAAAUAGCAGAGAAGCCAAACCUCACAUGGCUGGAUGCUGCACAGAUUGUCUUGGAAGAAGCUGGACGUCCCAUGCACAUAAAGGAGAUUAAACAGAGAAUCAUCGACAGGGGGCUUGUUCAAUCCAAUGCAAAAUCCAGCCUGGAGGCCGUCAUGUACCGAGAGACACAAAAAGGCAGCAGGAGAUUCAAGAGGAUUGAGAACAGAAACGGAGUCUUUGCACUGCUGACGGAUGAGGAGAGGCAGCAGGCCCUGCAGGCCUUCACCACCCAGUCUUUCCUCGGCUCUCCGCAGCACAAUACCAUCUCCAGUUCUGGCUCAGGAGCCUCGGCGCCCGCCUUCCCAUCGCCCACCAGUUCCUCAGAGCACAGGACCAAGAUGAAGAGAGGUCCUCGGAAGAAACAAAAUGAAAAGUACCACCUCAAGUACCUCAGACUGCGCAAAGCUGCCCGCACCAUGAUAUUUGAGAAUGCAGCUCUCUGUGAUGAAGUUGCCCACUUGGAGGAGAAGUUUCUGAGAGCUAAGGAGGAGCGGAGGUUUUUACUGAAGUCGUUGUUGCAGUAUCAGUCUUUGUCAGAGGGAGAGAUGCUGCCAACACCCAGCUCAAGCUCUCAUCCACCGGUGCCGCCUGCAGCAUUAACCUCAGGCCCUGCGGGGGCUUCUGGCCUUUCUGGGGGUCACAACCUGGCAUCAGUGGUGUCAACAGGGGAAGAGGGACUUCUUAAAAAACCCAAGAAGGAAAGGAAAGAGCGAGGCAGGGAAAAUGGGAAGGAGGAACUUCCAAAGAAGAUGUCGAAGAAGAGAAAGCUCGCAGACGGGUCUCGGAAACUGGUGCAGCCCAUCCCUCUGGACUCGUCCGGUCGUCCCGUCUUCCCCAUUGUACUGGGAGGUUUAACCGUCUACAGCCUGGGAGAGAUCAUCACAGACAGGAUGUUGUUCCAUGAUGAGUGUGCAAUCUACCCGGUUGGCUUCUGCAGCACUCGAGUCUUUGCCAGCAUGAAAAACCCCGAACAGCAGUGCCUCUACACCUGCCAGAUCAAGGACGGGGGAGCAGGUCCACAGUUUGAGAUUGUGCCUGAAGAAGAUCCUCAGAACGCCAUCGUGGCCUCAUCAGCCCUGACGUGCCACUCAAAUCUGCUGAAGGCCAUCGCGUCUGUCAGUUCCAGGUCGGUGGCGCCCAUCGUACCGUCAGGAGCCGACUUCUUUGGCUUCUCUCACCCGACCAUCCAGAACCUCAUCCAGAGUUGUCCUGGAGCUCGCAAAUGUAGCAACUACCGAUGGAUACGUUUUGAGGUGUGUCGCAGCAGUGACGGCCAGGUUCCUCACAGCCUAUCAGAGGACGACGCCUCGGUCAACUUUGAGGCCUACCAGAGACACCAGGGCUUUGAAGACAACAUCAAGACGGAGCACAUAACAGGACAGGCACCACCAUCCCCUAGCUCCUCUCAUCAGCACCACCUGACCUCCCCGACCAUGAAGCCCUCCACCUCAUAUUUCAGCUCCUGAUUCGACAAGUGCGAGGUCAUAUGUGACCUCAAUUCUCGAGAACUUUCACUCUUACUUUCAAAGCCGACAAUGUUUGUCCACCUUUUCCAUCCUGGUUCGGUACUUCAGGAAACAGAAGUGUACGGUGACUCAAACCUUUGAUAUUCAUCCCAGACCAAAGAACGUAUAUUGCUAAGAAGUGAAAGUCAAUUGGUCGUUCCAUUGCAACGUCAGCGCCCAGCAGCAAAGCUAUGCCUCCGCCAUUUUGGACUGAAAGCGACUACGUCUGCUACAAAGUGCCGUACAAAAGUAAAACAAAAUUAAUUUUAUUCUAUUGUUGUAAUUUUAAUAUCUCUACCAAAAUGGUCUGUGUUGAACAAAAAAAAAUAUAUAUAAAUAUGCAUACUAGUAUAAAUAUUUAUUUAUUAAACUUUUUUGCCCAGUCGCUUCCCAGAGGAGCAUAAAGUGAGCGAUGGACAUAAAUGG